AAAUGCCGUAUUGACCCACCGGCGCCGCAUUUAAAGUCAUUUAAAUACAGAGCCGAACUGUAUAUCUCGAGCGCGCGCUCCAAGUCAGCUGAACCUGCUCGCCUGCUCGCUUACGCCGGCUCUCGUCGAAUGGUCGGAGGAUCCCUCUUUUGUCCGGGCUGUCCCGCUAAAACCGAGAGCGGCGAGCGCGCAAAGUUCCUCGGUAAGCGGCGCGCAGAGUUUAUCGCGCGCCGCGGUGGUUCCUCCUGGUUUGCGGUAAAGUACUGUUUCCAAGAAACGCCUCGGCGUAGGCCAUUGUUCUUCGCUUUCGUCGAGCGCGCGUCUCCCGCAGCGCGAUUUUGCGGGAAAAUCGCGAGGACCUGGGGGAGGAGGGGAGAGGGAGAAGAGGACCGUCCGAAAUGGAGCGCCGAAAUGCCGUUUUCCCGUGACGCGACUUAUCGAAGAUACCCGUCUGUCUCUAUCGCUCGGUCGAUUCGCAGAAGGCAAAAAGUAUAAACAGGAUAAGGCCGAGCGGGCAUGACGCGCCUCGAUAUACGCGCGCUUCGUCAUACGAGAAUUGGCGAGAUAAGAUUACGCCGACACACGAAACGGGGAUUCGUGCCUCGCCAAGAGCGCGGCCGACGUUGCGUAUCAGACGUGAAAUUACCGGAUGACAAGGAUGAUCCGCCGAACGUCGCGCUCGAUCCUCCGCUUCGCAUUUUGAUCGGACGGCUGCCGCGGCAUGACGCGCCAAGUGCUCGAGACUCUACUCGUCGCUCUCGUCCUCGACGCGCUCGCAAACGGCGCGUCGACGCGCUUCGCCGUCGCCGGCUCGUGCCCGUCGUUUUGCGCGUGCGAUACGUGGUACGAAUUGCAGCGCGUCUCCUGCACCGGCCGCCAUCUUUACAGUAUUCAUACAGGUGCGCCGAGCGACGUGCAGGCGAUGGACGUGUCGAACAACACGAUAUCCGAAUUGAACGAUUACGAAUUGACGCGAACGCGAUCAGCGACAUCAGCCUGCGCGCUUUCGACGGGUUGCUCGAGCUGGCGGUUCUGGACCUGUCGCAAAAUCGCCUGCAUUACCUUCACGCGGAGACUUUCGUCCCGACGGCGAGUUUGCGGAUUCUCCAGCUGUCGAGGAACGACUUCAAUUCUCAUGUGCCGAAGCUGCGGUCUCCUUCGCUCAUGAAUCUAGCUAUGGACUCGUGCCAAAUUAGCUACAUUCCAGCGGACACAUUCGCUGGACUCUCGCAUCUUCGGAGCCUUGAUCUUUCCAACAACCUGAUGAUUCAGUUGGACAGCAUUACGUUACAACCGUUGAAAUUGAGACAAUUGGCGAUAACAGGAAAUCCCUGGUCUUGCAACAAACUUAUGCACGAUUUGGAGCUGUAUCUGACAGGCAAAAACAUCGAACACGAUACGGUGUGCGGCAAGAAUACAGGGCCGAAAAAAUUUGAGAAGAUGAUCGUCUACGAUCCGCACGUGAAGUAUGAGAAACAUCGACCGUCGAUAAUCGCAAACGUAAACACGAAGAACGCGCUAACACCGAGGAAGGAUCUUACGCCUGUGCCGACGAUAAAAGACGCGAGUAUCUGCGGUAACGCGACAGCGGAGUCAGAUUUGACAAAAACGCUAAAUGCCAUCUCGCCGUAUUGGUUCUUCGUGUUUGGAUUUUUGCUCGGCAGCGCUUGCGCCACGUUUACGACUUACAUUUGGCUGACGAAGAGGAUAAUAUGUUGUCGCCGAUAUCGCGAACGAAGGAACAACGAUAUUCAGAGAGUUUCACUGCUACAGAAUCUAUGGCAAUUUGACGAUCCCGCCUUCAACGACAAUGAGACAAGACAUGAGACAAGAUCUUGUCCAGGCACUCCGCCGCCGCCGUAUCGCGAAGUGAUGUCGCGACCGGGACUUUAUCGCAGCCCCUCGGUGAAUACGAAUAACAGCGCAGCGCGUACUUAGGUAGCUUAUUAUUUUCAGCCGAGUUACUUUCGAGAAUCGUUUGAAACGAUUGUCGACUUGCUCGUUGGAAUGGGCACGUGCGACGCGUCUGAAACACUUCACACUUAUCGUGUAGACGCCGAUGAAGCCGACUGAUAUGUGUACAUUCUCAGUAAUGCAAAAAGAUUGUAGAAUUAUUUACGAUUACUCGCGGAAGCAUCGACACGAGUACGCAUUCUUAGAGUCUAGUCUUUUAUUAUGACAUAUUUAAAUAAACAUCGUAUAUUAAGUAAACAUAUUGCAUUGAUAACGUCCAAUAUACUGCCGAAUAACAAACCUCUUUCAUAUUUUCUACGGAUAUAUAAAAUACUAUACACAUAUAAAAAACGUAAUAUGUAUGUGUAUAUAUAUAUAUAUAUAUAUAUCACACGUACAUUUACAUACUACAUAUUAAUAAGCGAUAAUAUUACUUGUUAACCGGUAACUGCUGUGAAGCCAUUUUAAGUACGCGCACACUGUUCACCGGUCAAAUUGACCGGUGAACGGUAGGAAA